AUCUGUGGCGUGUGUUUGCACGUGCCUGCUCUCUCUGGCUGGCUGUCUCCUGAGCUGCUACUCUACUCUCUCUCACCCAUUCACUGUCUAAUAGGAAACAAAUCUGCCCAUGGACAUGCCAGGGCUUAAAAUAGAUGUUGAGACAGCAGCCUUUCCCCUUCUUCAGCAGCAACAGCGUCAGACAGUAGCAGGAGUAGCAGCAGCAAGGAGAGGGAGAGCAGAGGAGAUGGCCGACUAGAUCAGACGGAGAAGCCUGCUUUCCCAGCAGAGAAAAAUCAGAGCCUUGACAAAGUGGAAAAUCAGAGCUCCCCUAAAUACCACAAGAGGACCCAAGUGUGUGUGGAGCUUAGAAACCGACCGUGGGUGGUGGUCGCAGCAGAAACACUGCCCCGCCCCAGCCCCCUCAAGAGGCCCGGGAUGCAAGGGGGGGCUUGGCGGCACCAAUGUCCUUCUUGUCCCGGUUCUCCCGGAACGGAUCCAGGGCUCCCAGCCGGCGGAUUCACGAUGACACCGUCAGCCACCCCGUCCUCAGCAUCUUUGAACUGGAGAGGCUGCUCUACACAGGGAAGACAGCCUGCAACCAUGCUGACGAAGUGUGGCCAGGACUCUACCUAGGAGAUCAAGAUAUAGCUGCCAACCGCCGGGAGCUGGCACGCCUGAACAUCACCCACAUCCUCAAUGCCUCGCACAGCAAGUGGAGGGGAGGGGCUGAUUACUAUGAAGGCACUGGCAUCUGCUACCUGGGCAUCGAGGCCCACGACUCGCCCUCUUUCGACAUGAGCCCCUACUUUGAUCCCGCCGCUGACUUCAUCCAUAAGGCGCUGAGCAGGACUGGAGGAAGGAUCCUGGUUCACUGUGCCGUGGGGGUGAGCAGAUCAGCCACUUUGGUCCUCGCCUACCUCAUGAUUUACCAUCACUUGACCUUGGUGGAGGCCAUAAAGACCGUCAAGGACCACCGAGGCAUCAUCCCCAACCGGGGUUUCCUACGUCAGUUGGCUGCCCUGGACAACUCCCUCAGGUUGAAGCAGAGGCCAUGAGUGGAAGGGCCGGAGGGAAACAAUGUUGGAGCCAAUCCUGAGGCAUUUCCAGGUCAUAAUUGGGGUUCUGGUAUCCCUGAACUUCCACAGUUCCUGCCCUGCAGAAACCCAAGGCCUACAAGGCCUCUAAUUCCUAAAGUUAGCUUCAGGUGUCAGCCAGAGGUUUCCAAGAGGUUUCCAAGAGGCAGAGAGUUCCCCAACCCCCCCUCUCCAUUUCUCCCUCCUUUGGGAAGCCAUAAAAUGGGGCUCUUCUUGAUAUCAAGUCUGAACCUCAGACCAGGGGAGCCUUCAGCUGCCUAAAUCCCCUCGGAGUCCUGUGUGGUGUGGCCUGUUGCUCCCCGUAUUUGCUUUUAGCCUUUGUUAAAAUGCUUGGGUAGUUCCCUAAUGUAUUUUAGCUGUGAGAAUAAAGUCCUGCAGAGACUAAA